AAACACAAACUUCCAGCACUCCAUCCGGCCAGGCGGCGAUUCCUCGGAUGGUGGCCAAUUCGGAAAACCUGUGAUGUCACUUACAGCCUAUCACGUCACGAGCCCCAGUAUAAAUACGAAGGCAGUGUGGAAGAUGGCCACUCUUCAAACAAGGAGGCAACAAACACAGUAUCGGCAUCAUGAAGGUGUUGGCAGUAUUCGUGACUCUGCUGUCGGUGGCUCUGGCCGGCCGGGUCUACACCAGCGGCUGCGGGACCCCGCAGUGCGGCGGAGGAGGGGCCGCCAUCCCCGUCGCUGGCGGCUGCAGUGGCCUCAGCUGCGGCGGCAGCAGCAGCAGCAAGCAGUCCAGCUUCCACUCCAGCAGCAGCCGCCAGACCUCCGGAGGAUGCGGCAGCGCCGGCUGCGGCAGCCAAGUGGUAGUUCCCGUCGCCCCCGGCUGCAGCGGACCUAGCUGUGGAGCCCCCGUUGUGCCCGUGACCUCCGGCUGUACCGGUGUCGGAUGCGGAGACACUGUGACCAAGACCACCAAGACUACCCACGCUGUGACCACCAAGGAGAACUCUCACAGUGUCACCAAGGGAGCCUCGGGUCUGGCCCACAACACGGCCAGCAGCCUGCAGUCUGGCGGUCUGCAGUCGACCAACUCUGGCCAGCAGGUGUUCAGGGAGUCGGGCGGCCACGUGGUGACCGUGCCCAGCCACAGCACCAUCUCCUCAGGAGGAUCGCACAGCUCCAAGUCCUCCGAGUCGUCCUCCAGCUCGUUCGAGAGCAGCCGCUCCAGCCAGAGCGGCGGCAGCUCGUCGCACUUCUCGUCCGGCAGCGGCCAGGUGGUGACGCCCGUGGUGACGGUCACCAAGACGUGCUCCACCUGCGGCGCCUCGCACGGAGCCCAGUCCUCCAGCUCGUCGUUUGAGAGCAGCUCCAGCAAGAGCUCCCAGUCCAGCUCCACGACUGGUGGUCUCCCGGGCAUCUCUUCCCCUUGUGGCGGUGGACCCUGCAACAUCAACAAGCCGGUCGCCUACGGAAAGUAAAUCAGUGCCGCGGCGUUGACCGCUAUGUGUUCCUAGCAGGCUGAUGGAACAAUAAAUGCAGCAUCAAA